GAAUCCAUUGAAUGCUGGAUUUGUGCGGUUGUUGAUGUUUUAUUUAAUAUCUUUGCAUGUUCAACAAAUGAAUUGAAUUAUUUUGUUCGAUCUUGCACCAAGAACAAGAUGCUUAUUUCUGAAUCUAAGAAUCUAGAAGGGAAACUGACCGUUGGGGAAUUUGACAAAAACUAUUGCUCCAAUGUGAAAUCUCGAAGAAUUACCGACUUUUUCCAGCCUGUUGAUAAUUCUAAUGCAGAUUUAGUUGAUGUAUUACAACCUAUCAGAUGUACCCGAAGGAAAGCACAUUUUCUUCCCGAUCCUCAAGAACCAGUUUCAGAUUUCGUUAAGAAUAUUUCUGACAAGAGAGAAGAUGAACCAGUUGAACAGGAUAAUUAUCCACUGCCAGUUAUCGAUGAACAAGAAUGUGCUGUAAAGAGCCCCCCAUUAACACCUCACAGAAUUACAUUAUGCACAGAAACAGAAGAUCUGAAACCGGAUGUUAAGAUGGAACUCAAAAGUUUUCAAAAACCCGUCAUAAGGCCUAAGGCCCGAAAAAAAUUGAAUGCUAACAGAUUAAAUAUGGUAGAAGAGAUGGCAAAAAGUGUUGUCAACCGUAAAUUAACAGUAAACAACUUUUUACCUGUAAGAAAAUCUAUUCGCAAAACAAAAACAACUGUUUUAGAAGAAAAACAGAAAAACUUGGAGAAGAUUUUGAGGAACAAUAUAGAAGAGGGUUUGAAAAUAUGCUAUUUUGAUGGAAAGGGAAGGGGUAUUGUGGCUGAUAAACAAUUUAAAAGGGGUGACUUUGUCAUAGAAUACAGUGGCGAUCUCAUAGAAAUCUCUGAAGCUAAGAAAAGAGAAGAAAUGUAUGCUACUGAUCAGAAUGCUGGUUGCUACAUGUAUUAUUUUGAGCAUAAUAAUCACAAAUAUUGUAUUGACGCCACACCUGAAUCAGAUAGGUUGGGAAGAUUAGUGAAUCAUUCCAGGAAUGGUAAUUUGAUGACAAAAACCGUUUCCGUUGAUGGUAAACCUAGAUUAGUCCUUAUUGCUAAAGAGGAUAUUGAAAUUGGACAAGAACUGCUUUAUGAUUACGGAGAUAGAUCUAGAGAAUCACUCAGAUAUCAUCCUUGGUUAGCCUAUUAGUGAUUGUUUUAAUAACUUAUUUAUUGCAAAUUAACAGAAAAUUUAAAUGAGUGGGUUUUAUAAAUUCACGUUUUUUAAAAUGUACAAAUUUGUUGAAUAGUAUUUUUUAAUGAUGUAAUAUAAAAGUAACGUCGUUACUUAACAAGUUCUCAUUUAUAUUUAUUCCGUCUCUAGAGUUCAAGAAAAAACUUGUAAGUGUUUCGAAUUCAUAAAUAUUUCGCAUUUUGAAGCAUUUUCAUUACUUUUGUACUUUUAUCAAUGUUUGAUUUUCCUGUUAGCAACACCCAUAAAACUUUUUGGGAUAUAACAAGUUUACAUUAAAUGUACUGAUGAUUAUUAUUUUAGCUUAGUCAAUUUGAAAUGACAUCUAUUUUAAUACAAAAAUCACUUCCUCCAUAUGAAUUCUAUUAGUUGAAAUUUUAUCACUUAUUUUGCAGUAGCUCUCUUUUAGACUAAUGUAUGAUUACAUCAAAGCAAAGUCUGAAUUUUCGACUGAUUUGUUAAGUUUCUAGAUUAAAUUUUAAAAUGAAGAAAUGUUUCAAAAUGUAAAUUCUUCAAAUAAAAGUCUUUAAAAUU